AUGCGGGAGGCGAAGCCGGAGCCUGACGUCAUCUAUACUACAAUCCACUACGUUGCGACUGUCAGCGCAUGCAGAAAAGGCGGGCAAUGGCAACACGCGUUGUCGGUGCUCAGUGGAAUGUGGAAGGCGAAGCUGGAGCCCGACGUCAUCAGCUGCAGCGCUGGGAUCAGCGCGUGCGGGAUGGGCCGGCAGUGGCAGCAGGCGCUGGCGCUGCUUACCGGGAUGUGGGGGGUGCAGCUGGAGCCCAAUUCAGGUCAGCUACAACGCUGGGAUCAGCGCGUGCGAAAAGGACGAGCAGUGGCAGCGGGCGCUGGAUCUGCUGAGCCAGAUGUGGGAGGUGAAACUGGAGCCCGACGCCAUAUAUUCCACUACAGCGCUGGGAUCAGCGCGUGCGAGAAAGGCGAGCAGUGGCACUGGGCGCUCGCGCUGCUGAGCGAGAUGUGUGAGGCGAAGCUGGAGCCCGACGUCAUUCCCUCUCACCUACACUGCUGGGAUUAG